AUGUCUGGUGGUGUCUUCUACUUCGAGGACGACGACAAUCGUAAUACCUCUCCGAAUCACUCCCCAUCUCCUCGUAACUCACCGACGCUAUCAGCAGAGUCAUCUAGCUCGGCGCCGAAACCCAGUGGAUCACCUUCAACAAGCUCGUCGACCAAUCUCCCACCUCAACUCCAGAUACCUGCGCCCUCUAUCCUGUCACCCACGCCGACUCCACUACCGCAACAUCGGAAACAUCCUGGAGGAUUCGCAGCAACACCUUCAUUCCCAUCGCCGCUGGCUCAGGCGAUAACAGUCCCAUCGAAUUCAGAUACCUCUUCCAACUCGUCACAGUCAGGCUCAGACGAUGAAAGGGAUGUUCGACCACGUAGACCUAGUCAGCAAGGAUCCGCUGGAAGUGGUACGCCCAAAAGAUCCAUCGAUCAGUUUCCACGGCCUCGUACCGCCAGUCCCGUCCUGCCAAGCAGUCGACCUGCUAGUCCGUCAUCUUCAUCCUCGGCACAAGCCAGCUCUUCUAGACCAGAUAGCCCCACCACAUCUACUCGUCCUCAAGCUGUUACACCUACUACCCUGCUCAUGAAGAGCAAGCGUUCAGCUAGUGGAUCGGCGUUGACUGGAAACCUCCCAUUACCCACUCCCAAACAAUCACCUCCUACAACGCACAAGAAGGAAUCACCUACCCACCCCGCCUCUCGACGAUUUGAGUCGCUCAGUCGUCCCCAAGCUGACGAUGCUAGAUCAGUCUCUUCGAGGGAGAGGAGCGAGAGUAGUGGAAGUUCAGUGGGCUUAGGUGUGACAUUACCUAGUUCCAGUCCCUUGAACUUUGGUAGUCCGGAUUUCGGACCCGAAUCUUCACCCCGUCGCCGCUCGAUUGCCAUUCCCUCGUCCUCUGGUGUAGAAGGAUCAAAGGAGGGAAAUGUGCUCGGUCUCGGAUGGGGCGCCAAUUGGGAAACGACUUCCACAUCGAGUUCGUCAUUUGGCAGUGGCAGUGGUUCAUUGAAGGACAAAGGGAAGUCAAAGGAUGUCUUGAGCACAUCAAGUCCCAGGCGGGAUAGGGAGAGAACCGCUCCUAUCGGCUUGUCCAGCCCCUCAAGACAGCGUCGUCAAUCGGAAUUUCUCAAUCCUAUAGGUCUUGACGUGCGCAAGAUGCCAAUCCUGAGUACGGGCAGGCCAUCAGGUGCGAUGUCAAGUCUAUCGGGAUCGGCAUCAAUGGUAUCACCUCUCAAUCCCCUGCCAUCACCAUGGACUUCCUCAACGGACAACUCAGCUGGAUUCAGCCCACCUAACAGCGUCACAAGCGAAAGUUCAACCGCCCCCACCUCGACAUCAUCUGCUGGUGGAGCCAUACGUCUGAACCGAGUUCCAACAAGUGUGCGACUUGCAGCGGAGUUGAUCAAAAACACUGGUAGCGCCCCUACCCCUCCCCCAUUCCAGACGGCUAGUCCACCCUCAGGUGCAUCGACAGCCUCCGUUCCCACACCCAAUCCAUCUCCAGUGGGGAACUCCCCACUUGUCAAGCCGACUAAUCCUCCCAUACCUUCUGCCAGAGAACUUGCCGCUUUCACUUCCAUGCCACCUCCAGCAAUGAAACCAGCUUCUGCAUCACUUGCCGAGCUCGGUAAAGGUCGACCCACCUCUUCCGUUCCUGCUACACCUGCAGGUCUGCGAAGUCUCUCACCUACUAUCGAGAUGAACAUUCCCAAUACAGCACCUACAUCCGCUAUCGGUCCAUCGUCAAGAACAGUCUCAGGGCCUAACCUUGCUCCGCCUCCUAUCUUCAAGACUCCACUCCUACCGACGCAACCUCGUCCACGUCCAUCUUUACCUGCUGAUCCAGCUGGAGGAGUUACCGGAGGAUUCGCAUCUUCCGCUCGACAUCAUCGAUACCGUACUUCCUUACAUGAAGCUUCGUUGAAAUCAGCCAUGACUGACAUAAGCCCCGACUUCAACGAUUCGCCAACCUCUCUUCCUUCGGCUCCUGAGACAGAAGAGCCUUCACCAACGACAGGUCCCAAGACAUCCUCAUAUGGCUUAGGACUCAGCAUGCCCCCCGAAACUGCCUUCCUUGUACCUGAAGGCACUACCGGAACCCUCACACCAGGAGCUCCUGUGGGAGUAGGGUCAAGCAGGACAAGGUCGACCACUGGUCAAGGUAUUGCAAUGGAUCUAGCUGGCUUUCCCGGUCUGGGAGAUGCAGCCAGUCAUGCUAGUAUGAUCAUGCAGAGUAGACAAGCGAAGCUGCAGAGAUGGAGACCUACGAGUGCGGGAGGUCAGACCCACGGUGAGGGACUUUUACCACCCACCUUUAAUCGUUCAACCAGUACAGGUGCGCCUGCAAUGCUAGCUGCUCCACGAGCUUUCCGUCAAGCUCAAUGGGGCGAUCUUGGUCCUUCCCCUUCUGCCGCUUCUUCCCCUGGAGAAGACCUUCCUCCUAUUCCUGCUUCAAUGCAUGAGCUGACAAGAGCAGUCUCCAUACCGGCCGAGUCACCCGGACCCACGCUUUACGAUCGAUCGACUGGGCCUGCACCCAUGCACUCUAACGUUGGACCAUCUAGGUUCUCCGCUGCUCCUGCCGGAAUGGAUAUGAGCAAUCUUAUGGAACGGCAGUCUAGUGCCAGCACCGUCGGAGGAAUUGAAUGGGUUGAUUGGAUGGAUUGUUACAAGAGAUAUAAAGAGGCAAAAAUCCGUGCUGAAGCUGAAGUAGCCAAACGUGCAAGUUUCAUCGCGGAAAGUCCUGUCUUGCCUGUGGUCAAUGCGCCUAUACCGGAAGAACCACAUCGAAUGUCACAAGAUUUAGAUAUCACGCCUCAGCCUAAUUACGAUACCUCAAGCGCCAUCGCUCUCACUCCCACUACUUCGCGUGACGAUUUCGGUCCACCACCUUCUCAAUCUGGUUCAUUACGGAGAAGAAGUUUGUCGAUCAGAUCUACUUUGUCACUCGUCGAUCCCAAGCUUUCUCCUAUAUCAAAAAGAUCCAACCUGUUCGAUCGUCCAAGGCAAUCAUCCGGAAGUUCAGUCAAAACAGAUAGUUCGUCUUCUGGCGCAGGACAGAAAAAGAAGAAGAAUUUGGUUUCGAAAAUGGAAGGAUGGUGGAACGCAGUCAAGAGUAACUUUGUUCCAGAUACAGAGCAUCAUCACUCUUUCCGACCCAGCACUUUAGGUCAUCAUGUUCAAAACCGAAUCCCGUCUGAACCAUCUUCUCGAAGACCAAGCGAAGUCCCCACUCUCCAUCAACCUCAGCCAGUUUUCCUUGCACCAGAAGCUAGAAGAGAUUCUUCGCUUUCGCUUCGACCAGUGGUAUCACAUGCUGAACUACGACCUCGCAUGAUCCAUCACGACGCGCAUGAAACGGCUAGUAUCGUAGGAUCCACUUCGGCCGAUAUUGCGCAUCUGUCUCGCCAAUCAUCCGAAGAAACCACGAUGCCUCCAUCGCUCCCCCACAUGCCUAUGCGUCAUCCUUCCACCGUGCCUGAAGAGCCAUCAUUCCCUCCUAGUCGUGGUAGUGGUUCCCUCGAAGCUCGUCGACGUCAACCUAACCUUCGUUUGGACCUUGAGUCCAAUGUACUCAGUCAACCCAGCUCACACAGCGAUUCCAGCGCUUCACUCAGUCAACCCAGAAUGGUACCACUUGGCAAAAGUGCAUUCGACAAACCAAGUCAAGCUACUUCUCGUUCAUCUUCUUUCGGCCAAUCGCUUGGUCCAGGUCUUACACCCGGAGUGCCCAGGUGGGAUCAGACGCCUUCUCCAGUAUACGCCUUGGGUCAAGAGCGCCGAGGAAGCGACGAGAAUCGACCGGUCGCACCUGGUGCUGAUAUCACUGUUGCGUCAGUUAGAAAGCACGUCAAGCACAGACUGAACGCCGCGAAGGAGAUAUGUGAUAUGACGCUCAGGAAGACCAUCGAAGCCAUCACAGGGUUUGUGGAAAGGCAAAGGGAAGAAGAGGAUAGGACCGAAGAGAUUCCGGUGGAUUACUUCGACGCGUUGAAUAUGAAUGACUCUCCUCUGAUAGACACGGAGACGGAAAGUGAUACGGGUGAACGAAUGGAGAGCGAAGGCAACAGGUCUCGAGCAGUAUCAUCAUCCCGAGGACCAAGUAGACGACCUUCCAUUUCCCAUGCCGCUCUAAGUCCCACGAAACGCUUGUCUAUGUUACCUGCUAGUCCUAGUAGGGUAACAUCAAGACGACGAUCAAGUGCUGUCCCGAGAAACUACCAGCCUGGUCGAGCAAGUCGGAAUAUGUCUCUGGCCCUUGAUCGAACUCAAUCCAACACCAGUUCCAGAUCGACUUCCCGCUCCAGGUCGCCCAUGCCUCCUACUGCGCGGAUCAUAGCUCAGAACCAGCUUGAUGAGGCAGAUGAAGAUCUGUUGUUCCUGACUGCCUUACAAGAACUCAUCGUCCUCGCUACUGAGGCUCUCGAUUCCAGUGUCAACGCUUUGGUCACUCGUCCUUCGUUGUGUACGGAGAUCAUUCAGAAAUUGCAGACAGUAGGAUCCAAGUGGGACAGACACGAAGAUUGGCCUGGCCGAGAUUGGUACGUCGAUAUCUUGAUGGCCGUUGCGAAUCUUAGUAGGGUGUUGGAUUGGUGGGAAGCCGAGAAAGGAUUUUGGAAUUUCGAUGAGGAUGAUGAGAACGAGCCUCUCCUCUUCGUUAUGAAACCUUCGAGAGAAGAACCCAGAUUUGAUCAAGAGUUCAGAGCUGCUUUGGGCGAUUCAAGAUAUUCACCGGCUCUUGCCCCAACACAAAUCCCCGAUAGACCAGCUUCAGCUAUUAGCAUUGAUGUUCCUUCUCCAACGUCCUCUGGACCAUACACCGCCAAAGCUACUGUAGCACCGACAGCCGGUACACCAAAAGCGCAAGCUGUAGAAGAUCUGAAGUUCUUAGCUGAACAUGCGAAGAGCGUGAAUAUAGUCAUGGAAUUGAGUCUUCAGGGAGAACAGAUAGAAUAUGUCAAUGACGCUAUUAUGGAGGUCGUUGGACAAGAACCGGAAGAUGUUCUUGGUAAACCUAUCACCGACCUUCUUGCUCCCGGUGACGCUUCUGUAUUCUCUGAAGCAACUCAAACUUUGGUCGAAGACGACAACAACACCGUCCAGCUGCGAUUCCGAUUCGAAGUGCACGAGUAUGAAGAUACCGAGAAGGAGACUCGACAGCCUGGUCCUGUAUACAUCGAACUCGAAGGUGUGGGAAUGCUCAUGCGAGAGAACAACGAACCUUCGCAUACCAUGUGGGUGCUGAAACCGGUACCAGCUACUCAAGUGGAAGCUAUAACGGAUGCUGCCUUCCCCCGGGAUGGGAUAAUCUCGACCGAAGGUAUAUUAUGUAGAAUCUGUGAAAGAGAGAUUGUCACCUGGUUCUUCGAGAAACACAACGAAACUUGUGAUGCUGUUCAUCGACUUGAAGCUGAAAUCAUAGAAUGUAAUGACUGUCUACACGAUCUUCAACAAACUGUGGUCAAGCUGAACGCGGAUAUCGAUACUGCCCAACCUAAUCAACCUGCUCAAUAUCAAGGUGUCUUAUUCUAUACUCUACCCGAUUCGAUCAUCACCAAUGAUGAAGGUGCUUCACCUCAGAUGCCUCAAGGUGUGGAGAUACGUAAAGUCGCUCAUGAACAUUUACAAGAUGUAAUCAACAUUCUCAAUGUUGCUAGACAUAUCGAGACUCCUUCUGUACAGGAGGACGAAGCCGAUCUACCAUUCACUGUUCAGCGAUACCUAUCUCGCGAAUCGGAAGAGAAACUACAGAGAAUCACCAGAUGGCAAAGACCCCAUACUAGCGAUCGAGCACUUAAUCUCUUGUUUACCCAUGUGGAGGAUCAACUCAGAAGAAAACAGAAAGCUAUUGCUAGAAUGCAGAGUACCAUUAGAUAUUCUGAGAAAACAAGACAUGAAUGGGAGGAUAAGGUCAACCAGAUGUUAGCUGAAAGAGAAGAUAGUAGUCAGUCGGAAAGUGGGUCCGAUGGGGCUGGGGAUGGGAACCAAUCACCAACCGAAGCUCAGAUAUCACCCACUGCUACUGGAAAUGCCAACGCAGAUGAUCCUGAGACAUCACCACCUGGACCGAGAAAAAUUGCUCCUCAAGCUAGAUUACCUAUCACCCAAAGUCAUCCCCACCGACAGCCUAGUGGAUAUGGUGAUCACUCUGGUGCUAUAACUAUUACAGCACCUACACCUGCAGUUCAUACCUCCGCUCAAACACCCGCCCAUAGUCACACUCCGGCUCCACCAGCAUUCAACCGAGCAGGUUCUACACCAGCUUCUGUACCUGCCCCAUCACCCAUUUACAUACCCUCUCAAUCCCAACCUCCACAAGCUUCUAGUAAACCCAGUUCAAAAACUAACUCACCUCUCUUAGUCCCUCACGACAAGCACGGUCAUCAUAGACGAGUAUCCACAUCGAGGAACUUCCGCGCAGGUGAUGGCGGACCAUUGUCACCUCGAAUACCUUCAGCAGCAUUACAAUCCCGUGCUGCCCAGCCUUCUAUCAAAGAUUUCGAAAUCAUCAAACCUAUCUCUCGAGGUGCUUUUGGUUCGGUCUAUCUGGCUAAGAAAGUUGCCACUGGGGAUUACUUCGCUAUCAAGGCUCUGAAAAAAUCAGAUAUGAUUGCUAAAAAUCAAAUCACCAAUGUGAAAGCGGAACGAACCAUUUUAAUGAACCAAGCUAGCUCGCCCUAUGUCGUCAGACUAUUCUUCUCCUUCCAGUCUAAAGAAUAUCUGUAUUUGGUCAUGGAGUAUUUGAAUGGUGGAGAUUGUGCGACUCUGGUCAAGACGUUGGGAGGAUUGAGUGAAGAUUGGGCGAGAAAUUAUACCGCCGAGGUGGUACUGGGUUUGGAAUAUCUGCAUGCGAGAAAUAUCGUUCAUCGUGAUAUUAAACCUGACAACCUGCUCAUCGAUUCUCGUGGACAUCUCAAAUUGACGGAUUUCGGUUUAUCAAGGAUUGGUUUGUUGAAUCGUCAAGUUGGUGGACCGAGACCUGCUUAUCUCCGAGGUACCUCUCUGAGAGGCUCCUCAAGACAACGACCCUCAUAUUCUCGAACUGUAUCAAACUCGUCGUCCAACGAUUCCCCCAUGAUAUCCCCUGAGUUGCUCAACGCUCAACCGAUGUCACAUCUCAGUCAAUCGUACUUCGCACAGCAAAUUCAAGAAUCAAUUUCAGCCGACGAAUCUAGUGGCUCUGAAUCUGCUGGUGUCAUACCGAAACAUAUCCGACAGAUGUCUGUUGCUAACAAACUAGGCGAUACGUCCUCAGGCAGUGGUCGAGAACCUGCCCGUUUCGUCGGUACUCCAGAUUACCUUGCCCCUGAAAGUAUUUUGGGUAUAGGUCAAGAUGAUGCUGCUGUCGACUGGUGGGCUUUAGGUGUGGUACUUUACGAGUUCUUAUACGGUAUACCACCUUUCCAUGCGGAGACACCGGAAAAGGUAUUUGACAAUGUGGUAUCUCGAAGAAUCGAUUGGCACGAAGACGAAAUUGAAAUAUCACCAGAAGCCAGGGACUUGAUGGAUCGGUUGAUGUGUACCGACGUCCAAAAGAGAUUGGGUGCGAGAGGAGCAGAGGAAGUCAAAAGACAUCCUUUCUUUAACGGUAUAGAUUGGAGUACUAUCGCAACUGCCGAAGCAAGUUUCGUUCCCGAGGUGACUGACCCUGAGUCUACCGAUUACUUCGACUCGAGAGGCGCUGCACAUGGAUUCCAUGAUGAUGAUAAUGCCGUAGUACCUCAAGUCCUGAAACAAGCUCCUGGCCUCAAACCUGGACCACCACUUCUAUCACCGAAGGCAGCUGAAGAUAUGAGCGCGGUAAUUGAUGAUAUUGCAGAACAGGACGAUUUCGGUACUUUUACCUACAAGAAUUUACCUUCAUUGAAACAGGCAAAUGAUGAUGUGAUUCGAAAGAUGAGAUCGGACUCGAUGGCCCCUAUUGGUCAAUCUCUGGAAGGUCCUGCACCGGUCAACACUAGAAGACCUAGAAGUUUAUCAAUCAAAUUGCAGAAUAGAUCUAAACGCAAGACUUCCGAAGUCAAUCUACCUCCUUCACCUACUACGUCAACUUCCUCCGCCGCUUCCACCCCAUCGAGGACCAGUAACAUGCCACAAACUCCAGGUAUGAUGCCUGCGCCUCAACAUGUUAGAAGACCAUCGGAACUCAACGCGCUGGACCGAGUGAAACUUUCGGAUGAUUUACAUAAUGAUCUUGCUCGACGGAACUCCACUCCGAUCAGGGUCAGAGCAGGCUCAGGAUCAAGUGCGGGAAGUGCUAGUGCCGAAUUAUGGAGACAGAGAAGACAGGUAUCACUCAAUGCUGAAUCUGUUGGGUCAGCUGGACCAGGAGGGAUCAUACCGCUUGAUAGCCCCGAGGGAGUCGUCCAUUCUUUAGGAAGUGGGGUAGUGGACAGAGGCCUGGACGUGUUGAUUGCGGAAGAUAAUCCCAUUUCCCAAAAAAUCCUCGAAACCCUACUUACGAGGAUGGGAUGCAGGUGCAUUUGCGUGGACGAUGGUCCAGGUGCUUUGGCAGCUACCAUGGGCAGUAUUCGAUUCGAUGUGAUCAUCUGUGAUAUACAUAUGCCUGUGGUGAAUGGUGAACAGGUGGCUCGUAUGAUUAGAUCUACGAAUAAUCAUAAUCAAAAUACUCCAAUCAUCGCUGCUACUUCGUAUGAGCAACACCAGGUGGUCACCGAAGAAGGAACUCUUUUCUCCGCGGUACUCAACAAACCUGUAUCCAAAGCAGACUUAAUCAAGUGUCUGGGUAAAUUAGGAUUUAUCCUAAGUUCAGGUGGUGGCACUACCAACACGAACACAAAUACGAGCUCGGAACCCAGUUCUCACUCCAACUCCUUACCUAUCUGA